AUGCCUGCACCAACCGAUGUCACCAGCCUUCGUUCUUUUCUGGGCGCUGUAAACUUUUACUCGAAGUUUGUUUUGCAAAUGCAUCAGCUUCGACAUCCAUUAGAUGCACUCUUAAAGAAGGACGUCCGUUUCCAUUGGUCCUCAACAUGUCAACUGUCGUUUGAAAAAAUCAAGCAAAUGCUACAAUCAGACUUGCUGCUCACGCACUAUGACCCAAAUCUGGAAAUCAUCAUCGCGGCAGACGCAUCAAAGACUGGUAUUGGUGCAGUCGCAUUACAUCGGUUUCCUGAUGGUUCCAUGAAAGCAAUCGCACAUGCAUCUCGUUCGUUGACUCAAGCUGAAGUUGGAUAUAGCCAAGUGGAAAAGGAAGGUUUGGCGCUGGUGUUUGGAGUCACAAAGUUCCACCGCAUGAUCCUCGGCCGGAAAUUCACGCUGCAAACCGACAACCAACCCUUGAUGCGAAUCUUUGGUUCGAAAAAGGGUAUUCCGCCGCAUACAGCAAACCGCUUGCAACAGUGGGCGCUAACUCUCCUGUGCUACGACUUCGAAAUCGAAUACAUCUCCACCACCCAGUUUGGUUAUGCGGAUGUACUAUCACGCUUGAUCGACAGUCAUACGAAAUCGGAUGAAGAUUUCAUCAUCGCUACUAUCCAGUUAGAGGAAGACGUCGAAGUUUCACUGAAUGAAGCUGUCAGUUCGUUACCAGUCACAUUCAACAUGAUUCGGAAAGCUACACUGAAGUGCCCAGUCCUACAGCUAGUGAUUCAGUACAACCAGAAAGGUUGGCCUUCCUCCGCAAGCAGCAUCGAAGACGAUUCAGUACAUCAAUUCUAUCCUUACCGUGAAUCUGUUGCUGUUUUGAAAGGCUGUUUAAUGAUGUCGGAUCGGUUAGUAAUUCCGUCUAACUUUCGCCAACGAAUUCUGAAGCAACUCCAUCGAGGUCAUCCCGGAAUCGAGAGGAUGGAAGCUAUCGCUCGCAGUUAUGUUUUCUGGCCAAAAAUCGACCACGCCAUCGAAAAUUUUGUCAAGAAAUGCAACAACUGUGCCACCCACUCGAAGAAACCAACAAAGGUUCCACUGCAAUCAUGGCCGCAACCAACCAAACCAUGGGAACGAAUUCAUAUUGAUUUCGCUGGGCCGUUUUUCGACCAAUAUUUCUUGGUAGUUGUCGAUGCGCAUUCAAAAUGGCCGGAAGUAAAGAUCGUACAAUCUCCAACCACACCAGCAGUUACUGAAUUCCUGGAUGAACUGUUUUCACGAUUUGGAGAUCCAGAAACUGUAGUAUCAGACAACGGUUCGCAGUUUACCUCGGAUCACUUUGCAGCAUUCUGCAAGGAGCAUGAAAUCCAGCAUUUACGAACAGCGCCGUAUCACCCACAAACGAACGGCCAAGCAGAAAGAUUCGUCGAUACGCUGAAACGUUCGCUGAUGAAAAUUAAUGAGGGGGAGAAGAUUGCCAAGACGCUACAAGUAUUCCUUCAGACGUACCGUUCAACACCAAGCCGUACACUACAAGGAAAAUCGCCAACAGAACUGAUGCUGGGUCGGAAGAUGCGGACAAUCCUCAGCCUACUUAAACCCACACAACGUCAGCCAGCCACCGUGAACCAGAAACAGAAUGAGCAAUUCAACAGAAAACAUGGCACAGUUUCCCGUUCGUUUCAAACUGGAGACAAAGUCUAUGCCAAGGUAUACACUGCCAAUAAGUGGAUCUGGUCAGCAGGAGAAGUUAUCGAAGCUAUUGGUAACGUCAACUACAACGUGUUGCUGGAAGUUCAGCAUACAAGGCGUAAGCUUAUUCGAUCGCAUGCAAACCAGCUCAAGCACCGUGAAGCAGAUGGCAAUCUGCCCGAUUCAACUAGUGAACUGAGCAUUCUAGUUGACAUGUUUGGACUCCAUCCUGUACCAACAUCAACCAUACAUGAGACGACAGCACCACCACCUGUUCUUCCGGACGUUCAAAAAGAUCCAGUUGAGGCACCAGUCGAAACCCCAAUACUACAAGACAUCCCGGAGUUACCAGCUGGACAUGAAAAUGAACCAGAUGAUUGUCAUGAACAACAAGUAGAAGCAAAAAACCCAGAACAACCAGUAACACCUGUUCUCCCAACAUCGGAAUGA